AUGCUGUCAAGUCACUAUGCCCUUUUCAUAUCAUUGCAAGUGCAGUCUGAUUGUACGUAAUAUAUAAUGCAUCUGUGGAGAAAGAAUCAGCAUGAGUUCUUAACCAAAGCGUCCUGCACCAAAAGCUGGCAGACUGUUGUUUGCAACAGCGAGCGCAAUGGCAGAGAGUUCGGCGGCGACCCUGCAGGCAGUGCGGCUGGGGAGGAGCGGUGCUUCGUGGGCCACCAUCACUGCCCUGAAAGAGAGAGGUGUCUCCACAGCCUGCUCUGGCGGUGGUGGGUAGUGCUGUGGAUCCGGAGAUUGUUCGAUUUGUGGCGGGAGAGGCUGGCGAUUCACGAUAGUCGAAAAUAUGGCCUCAGCUUUCCAGACGUUGCGGAGCUAAUGCCGCCAGCCGUUUCACCGUCAUGGCAAACCUGCAGAGUGCAGUGUUGAAAGUGGAGGUUGCUGUGGGAAGUAGGACGCAGAGCUAUCUAUGGGUUCGUGUUCGUGUUGAGCAGGAGUACGAGCUCGCCGAAGUUGGAUUAUGGUUCAUAUUAGGUUUCAUCUGUUUUCGUGUUCUCUGUUGUGUGAGCUCCAUCUGUACUUUUGGUUUCCUGUUUGUUGUGUAAGAUUGUCUGAUUUAUAUUAGGGCUUAGUUGAUUUUGGGGUUGUUAUUCUUACUUUGCUUGAGCAGAUUUUUCAUGUCUUCUAGUGUGCUCACAGCUUGAAUAUGUUAGGUUUUAGUUUUGUGGUUUCAGCAUCAUUAUUUUCCUGAUGUAUGAUUCUGUUACUUAGUUGAUUGUGGGUUAGUUUUGCACUUGAGAUUUCUGUAGGUAGUCAGCAUAGUUUGUAUUCUCACUGCUAGUAGAUGGCUGCUGCAUGCACUUGGGCGAGAAAGUAACUGGGCUAGAAAAAAAAAGUAGCUAGCUUUAGAAUGGGUAGCGAAUUUCAAUCCAAUAAUUUUGUUUCUGGCCAUCGAAAUCGAUCUAAGUUGAGCAUAGCUCCCUAUUCUUCUUGUGCAUGUACUGCAACUAGUGACAAAUGGUUUUGCAC